UUAAACUUCCAAUACCUGCCGCCCGUUCUGCCGUGUUGGGUUACCAGGAUGUCUCGCCAUCCCCAAAGGACAGGAUCACAUCGUGCUCCUUCAUUGGGCUAGAUGGUUCGUUCAGCCAGUCAACGCUCGCCUCAAAGGUCAGCUUCGGCUGGUGGAUGCAUCAUGCCCUGCCAUGUGCCCGCUUCAAGCUAGAGUGGGACAUGUACGCCGCCCCAUGGGACGAGGCAGACUUUCCCGCCAGGGCUGACAUGCAGGAAUCAGCUCCACUACUACCCUGUAACUGGCCUGGACCCUGAGCUGCACUAUAAGUUUCGGGAGAGCUCCCACAUACCUAUCCUUCGACCUUGGCCUAGCAUCAGCUCCAGGACCAACCCUCUCAGCCCUCUACCCUUUCACAUCUUCCAGCUUCGGCCUCGUCUCAAUUGCAUCGACAUCUUCCUAUUCAGCUCACAUUCUUACCGAACAAUCGUCAGCAUGUCAUACCAACCACCUCCCCAUCCUCCCCCACAACAGCAGCAGCCGCAACAACAACAAUACCACCACCCGCAGCAACAACAGCAAUACCCACCCCAGAGCGACUCGGGCACAUUUCCAGGCGGCCAGUACACCGUCGCCCACCGUGACACCAAUGCCGUGCUCAACCUCGACCUCCAGCAAGGCGCCACCAUCAAGGGCAAGCCUGGCGUCAUGAUCCACAUGGCCGGCUCCAUCCAGCUCACGGGCAAGGCCAAGUUCUCCAUGAAGAAGCUCAUCACCGGUGGCGACAUGACGGAAUCGACCUAUGUCGGCCCCGGCCGUCUGGCGCUGGGCCCAACCCUGUUUGGCGAUAUUAUCACAUUGCACGUGGACGGGCGCCAGAACUGGAUCAUUGGCAAGGACGCUUUCCUCGCGUGCACGCCCGAGGUGCACAAGGAGGCCAAGAGCCAGGGCUUUGGCAAGGCACUGUUCUCAGGGGAGGACCUGUUUGUGUACCACGUCCAGGGGCAGGGCAUAAUAUGGCUGACUAGUUUUGGUGCCGUGGACCGUCUUGACCUCCAACCUGGUGAGCACCACAUUGUGGACAAUGGCCACCUCGUGGCGUGGAGCUGCGACUACAAGAUUGAAAAGGCGGGCGGCGGGUUCAUGGGCAGCAUGAAGACGGGUGAGGGCCUGGUGUGUCGCUUCACGGGACCGGGCUCUGUCUAUGUGCAGACGCGCAACAUGGAUGAGUUCAAGGCUUUCAUCGUGGCAAGCGCAGGGCCUCGAUAGGAGGUAAGGUAUGUACAACUAUAGUCAGCAGCGGGUGCGAUU